AUGAUCCAGUAUUCAACAACAUAUUUAACCAUAACUCAAAUGAUAAAUAUCCAGGUUCGAUGCCAUUCGACUUCCACCCAUAUUGAACUCAUUGGGUACACUGUCGUCGUUGCACAUGACGUACUAUUUCAAGUUAUGUUUAAUUACCAUCUGAAAAAUUUGGACCAAUUCAAUCAUGAAAUACCGUCUAAAAUCGCUCCCGUUAUCCAUUAUUCUGGGCCAGUUAAGAUCUUCGUUAAAGCUCCAAUGUUGAGACACACGGCCAAGAGACAUCUCAAGCUUUUUUCCAGAGCGAAACUCUCCCGGGAAGCUUUUCUAGGCGCCCAAAACGGCGUGUCUGCUGCUCUGCGCAUCAACCAGAUUCAAAAGUCGAAUGUGCUCAAUUACUCCACCAAAAUACAACCAAGACUUACUGCUGAAUCAUAUCCCAACUUAAAACGGUUGUCGGAGUUCAAAAAACUUUCUUCUGAUGAUUUGGCCUUUUUCAAGUCUAUCAUGUCAGACAGUGAAAUCCUGCAGGCUACUGCAGAUGAAGACCUGGCCUUAUUCAAUGAGGACUGGAUGCGUAAAUACAAAGGUCAAUCGAAGUUGGUGUUGAGACCAAAGUCUGUCAGCCAGGUUUCGCAAAUAUUGAAGUACUGUAACGAUAACAAACUCGCGGUUGUCCCUCAAGGUGGUAACACGGGCCUUGUUGGCGGAUCGGUGCCAGUUUUUGACGAAAUAGUCCUGAGUCUCACUCAAAUCAACAAAAUUCGUGACUUUGAUCCUGUAAGUGGUAUUUUGAAGUGCGACGCCGGUGUAAUUCUGGAAAAUGCCGACUCUUUCUUGGCGGAAAAGGGCUACAUUUUCCCCAUGGAUCUGGGAGCAAAGGGCUCGUGCCAUGUCGGUGGUAUUGUGGCGACUAAUGCCGGCGGUUUGAGGCUGCUGCGCUACGGCUCGUUGCACGGCACCGUUUUGGGCCUCGAAGUCGUUUUGCCCGAUGGUAAGAUUCUAAAUUCCAUGGACGCUCUACGAAAGGACAAUACCGGUUACGACCUAAAGCAACUGUUUAUCGGAUCCGAGGGCACCAUUGGUGUUAUCACGGGUGUGUCAAUCUUAACACCUCCACGUCCAAAAGCUGUCAACGUCGGCUUUCUCGGAGUUGGUAGUUACGAAGCAGUCCAAGAAGUUUUUGUGAAAGCUAAGCAAGAGCUUUCUGAAAUUCUGUCAGCAUUUGAGUUCAUGGACCUCAAGUCUCAAACGCUAGCCAAACAGCACUUGAAGGAUGUGAGCCAUCCUCUUGACGACGAGUACCCAUUCUACGUUUUGAUUGAAACUUCGGGUUCCAACAAAGAACACGAUGACGCCAAGCUGGAGGCUUUCCUUGAGAAAGCUAUGGAAGAAGGAACUGUCCUUGACGGUGUGGUAGCACAAGAUGAGACUGAACUACGAAACUUGUGGGAAUGGAGAGAAUCGAUUCCUGAAUCGAGCCAAGCCGGCGGGGGAGUCUACAAGUACGAUGUUUCUCUACCACUCAAAGAGCUGUACUCCCUUGUGGAUGCUGCCAACGAAAGGCUGGCCGAAAAGGGUCUAUCAAGCACUUCUGACCCUACCAAACCCGUCAUCAGUGCCAUCGGAUACGGCCACGUCGGUGACGGCAAUUUGCACUUGAAUGUUGCUGUGAGAGAGUAUUCCAAGGAGGUGGAGAAAGUAUUGGAGCCAUUCGUUUACGAAUUCGUGUCUUCUAAGCACGGAUCUAUCAGUGCUGAGCACGGACUUGGCUUUCAAAAGAAGAACUACAUAGGCUACUCCAAGAAUGACCAGGAGAUAGCCAUGAUCAAAGAGCUCAAGAAUCUCUACGAUCCAAACGCUAUUCUGAAUCCUUACAAAUAUGUUUAA